AAAUGAAUGAUGAUACCGUGGUAUAAUUAAUUUGCAUGCAGCCAAGCACAAACUGAACGUGCAGCUGGUUUAAUCACAAACUGGCGCUGGACACAAACUCAAUAAACUUUUACGCAGCCUAUUUUUGUGAUUAUUGAGCUAAUAAAGCUGUCACGUGCGCGCAGUAAUGUGAAAGUGCUUGUGCUUUGAAUGCAGGCUGCAGGUCUGUCCCAUGAACAGAAAGCUGAUCUCAGACCUGAAGGAGAUCCCAGAGAGGACUGUAGAGGCACGUUUGUGAAUCAGGGGAGAGCCAGGAGGCGCAAACCCUGAAGAUCCUCAGUGCUGUUCAGUACACUGAGAGGAAACAGUCAGUAGCUGCUGGAGUUACGCCAGCCUUAUUCUCUGCCUUGGAGAUGAAGUGCAUUGCAUGUGUUUACAUAAAUUGGGGUCUCCUGGCUUCAGCUGUGAUCCCCGUUUCUGUAGGUGAAAUGUAUACGUCGCUGCUGAACGUAAAGCAGGCGAUCAGUGUUGAACGGAAGCUGAUCAAUUACUUGAGAACUUAUAUUGACCACGAGGUGGAGAGACUGGAGGACAUCAAACGUUUUUAUGCCAAAGUGUCUGACCUGCACGCUCAAGUUUACAAAGGUCCUGCGGCUGCGAUGGCGAACCCGCUGGUGGCAUUCACUCUGAUCAAGCGCCUGCACUCAGAGUGGCUGAACGUCGUCUACAGCAAUGAAGCCAUGGAGAACACACAAGCCCUCAGGUCCAGUUACGAGGAGGAAGAGGCCGGUCUGCCCAAACUGGAAGACCUCCAGGGGGCCGCUAAGGGGCUGAUGAGACUACAGGAUGUGUAUGCUCUCCAAGUUGCGAGUCUGGCAAGAGGUCGAUUCCAGAGGGUCACUAAUGGCAAACCUAUUGAUAUCUGCAUACCUGCAGUGUCUGUCCCACUAUCUGGUGAUGACUGCUUUUUGGUUGGAAAGGUGGCCUAUGAGCAGGAAGACUAUUACCACUCAGUGCAGUGGAUGGAGGAGUCGGUGCGUCUCUUCAGGGGAACAAGAGGAGAGUGGAGCCCUGAGAAUGAGGGGACUUUAGAGGACGCUCUGGAUCACCUGGCUUUCUCUCACUUUAAAACAGGAAACGUCUCCUAUGCUCUUAGUCUGUCUCAGGAGUUACUGCAUCACGAUCCAAUGAAUGGAAGAGUUUUGCAGAAUGUUGAGAAAUACGAGAAGCUGCUGGUUACGAUUCCACCCAAAUCAAUCAGGAGUGAUGGGUUGAGGAGACCCACUUCCAAUUAUUUAAGGACCAGGGACACUUAUGAGAGACUCUGCCAGACCCAAGGCUCUCAGCCAAUGCAUUUUAAAAACCCCAGACUAUUCUGCGACUAUUUCAACAAUGGCAGUCCUGGGCUGCUACUGCAGCCAGUAAGACGUGAAGUACUGAGCCUGCAGCCUUAUGUGGUUCUGUAUCACGAUUUCAUCACUGACAAAGAGGCUGAAGAUGUCAAGAGAGUCGCUCAGCCAGGAUUGAAAAGAUCUGUUGUGGCAGCUGGAGAGAAACAAGCAACAGCAGAAUAUCGCAUCAGCAAGAGUGCAUGGCUGAACGUCUCAGCUCACUCCAUUGUUGAGAAGCUGGACCAGAGGAUCUCCAUGCUCACAGGUCUGAAUGUGAAGCAUCCAUAUGGCGAGUACCUCCAAGUGGUGAAUUAUGGGAUUGGUGGCCAUUAUGAACCUCACUUUGACCACGCUACCUCACCUUCGAGUCCUGUGUACAAGCUGAAAACCGGGAACCGAGUGGCAACCUUCAUGAUAUAUCUCAGCUCUGUCGAGGCAGGUGGGUCCACAGCCUUUAUCUACGCCAACUUCAGUGUUCCUGUCGUGGAGAAAGCUGCCAUCUUCUGGUGGAAUCUCCAUAGAAAUGGUGAAGGGGAUGUAGACACCCUGCAUGCUGGCUGCCCUGUGCUUAUUGGGGACAAAUGGGUGGCAAACAAAUGGAUCCAUGAGUACGGCCAAGAGUUCCAACAUCGUUGCAGCCUGAAUCCUGAAGAGUGAGAGGGGUGGAGCGUUAGCUGGGCCCCUUGGAGUACAAGAGCCAGCCUCUACAAUUGCAAGGCACACUUGCAGGCGGAGAGAAGGAGGCAGCCAGAAAGUGAGCACACAGGCAGGGGAGGUGAGAGCUGUUGAGGGGCAGCCUGCAUCUGUGAUUGGAGACCCGGGCCCCAGGGAGCCUGGAGCAUGGAGCAUACAGCUGACACUGCUGCAGUGGACAUGGAUAGUGCAAGGCUGAGCUGCGUUUUGGAAGGUGGGGUGGAGGAGGAGUGGGGCAGUUGGCAAUCAGCCCCAAGAGGCCAAAUGCUCUCUUGCUCUUACUGGCCAGUUCCUGUGGAUGGAGAGAGGCCUCUGCCUUUGCACACUGUGCUGGUUUCAGUUAACUGUGCAGGGCUGUUUGCCUCCUGCCCACAGUUUGCUUACAAACUGGCAUCUUAUGCAGCAGUUUUUCUACACAGGCCCUCUCAGGGUCUGUCAAUAUAAAUGUUCAACACAGCUGAACUUUGUUCAGACUCUCAGAACUUUAUUUAAAAUGUUUGGAUGCCAAAGUUUACAGAGAUACCUAAUGUGCCUGGCUGAGCCACAGUGAAAUGUAUAUAAAAUGAUGCACAAGGCGACUGGAAAAUAAAAAUAAAUGCUGCUUUUGGAUUUGAA